AUGCCUCCUCGCACGUCUGCUCGCACGUCUGCUCGCAGGAAGGCGCAACCGGUAGUCGAGACCAAGGUCGAGGAGAAGAUCACUACGAAGGCGAACGGGUCAAAGAGCGCGACCGUUGCCGUCACAAAAACCAAAACAACCACCGCCUCCAAACCCGCGCCGAAGCGCAAGGUCGAGUCCGACGACGAGCACGAGGAGUGCGGCAGCUGCGCAGAGGAAGAAGAGAAGCCCGCCAAGAAGAGAAAGACCGCCGCCAAGGGCAAGGCGAAGAAGGAAGACGACAUGCCGAUCGCCGACCGGACGGCGGUGUCAUCGCUGAAGAAGGCGAUGUACAUCGGCGCCCAUGUGAGCGGUGCAGGAGGUGUGCAAAACUCGAUUCAGAACGCCCUUAAUAUCGGUGCCAACUCCUUUGCGCUCUUCCUGAAAUCCCAACGCAAAUGGGAAAACCCGCCCCUCGCCGCCGACUCCAAGACACAAUUCGUGUCUCUUGCGAAAGAACACUCCUACGACGCCGCUGCGCAUGUCCUCCCGCACGGCUCAUACCUGGUCAAUCUCGCGCAGGCGGAUGCGACCAAGGCGAAGCAAGCAUACACCAGCUUCCUCGACGACCUCCACCGGUGCGACCAGCUUGGCGUGAGGUUGUACAACUUUCAUCCCGGCAACACGGGCGGAGAGGCCAGGGAGGAGGCGUGCGGCAGGAUCGCAGCACAGUUGAAUGCUGCGCACAAGGCGACGAAAAGUGUGAUCACAGUACUGGAGAACAUGGCUGGCGCUGGCAAUGUCAUUGGUACGAAGUUCGAGGAUCUGAAGGAGAUUAUCGACAAGGUUGAAGACAAGGAGAGAGUUGGCGUUUGCAUCGACACUUGUCAUGCGUUCGCCGCGGGAUACGAUUUGCGUACGCCAGAGAAGUUCGAGGAGACUAUGAAGGAGUUCGAUGAGGUUGUCGGCAACAAGUACCUCAAAGCAUUCCAUCUCAACGACAGCAAGGCGCCCUUCGCCUCGCACCGCGACCUCCACGCCAACAUCGGUACGGGCUUCCUCGGCCUGCGCGCUUUCCAUUCACUGGUCAACACCGAGCUGUUCCAGGACAUGCCGAUGGUCCUCGAGACGCCCAUUGACCGUAAGGACGCCAAUGGCAAGACGAUCGAGGACAAGAAGGUGUGGGCAGACGAGAUCAAGCUGCUUGAGCGUCUGAUUGGCAUGGACGCGGAAAGCGCCGAGUUCAAGGAGCUCCAGGAGGAGCUGCAGACGCAGGGUGCGAGUGAGAGGAGUAAGAUCCAGGAGCAGGUCGACCGUAAGGCCGCCAAGGAUUCUAAGAAGGGGACGAAGGGGGCGAAGAAGGCUCCCGCGAGAGGGAAGAAGAAGAAGGUUGAGACUGAUGAUGAGGAGAGUGACUAG